AUGAACCAAGGCACACGCAUCGAACUCAAGGUUAAUGGACAAGAUGGAAAUGCAGUUUUUGUAUUUAUUGAUAGAAGCUCUCGACUGAAAAAACUCAUGGAUGCAUACUGUGAUCAUUUCUCCAUGGAUAUCAACUCAACUGCUUUUAUGUUUAAUGAGCACCGCAUACAGGAAGAGCUAUCUCCGGAUGAGAUGCAAAUGGAGGAUGGGGAUGAAAUUGAUGCAAUCUUUUGUGAUCAGAGUGGAUACAUUGUCCUCAAGGUCAAAGGCCAGGUUGGAUUUGAAACUUUAUUUAAGAUGAAAAGAAGCCGUCCAUUGGAAAAGCUUAUGGACGCGUACUGCUGUCGAUAUUGUUUUGAUUUCCACGAAAUUGCUUUUCUCUUCAAUGGGCGUCUGGUCGAGUGGGACCAAACGCCAUAUGAGCUUGGAAUGAAGGAUGGAGAUGAAAUGCUUGCCAUGCUUCAGCUUAGACGUGUUUAG